GCCCAUGGAUGCGAAUAUAAUCUCGGAGUCCUGACUUAAAUAGCUGUACAUCAUUUCUGCAUCAGAUGCCGGUAUAUUCAAGGUGUGUUAUCAAAGGUCUAGGUGCAUUGGAAAUAAUGUCCUCCUGUAAAACGCUACAAAGUUGAACGAACAUUAGGAAAAUACAAACAAAAUGGCUGCCAGUGAAGAUAAGGACAAUAACGGGAUGGGGGCCCGCUAUGAUUCUGGCACAGAAGAGGUUAAAUUUGAUGUUGAAUCACCAGCUCGGAAUAGAUAUAAGGGAACCCUCCUAAGUGAGAGACGUCGUAGUCGUUUUCCAGUACUCUUCGAGCGAGCAUCCCAUUCUUGGUGGAAUCCACGUUUUGACUCAGAAGUUCUGGAGGAGCAGGUUGCAAAAAGCUCGUUUCCACAAACUCGCAUUCGGUUCCAGUAUGCCUGCUUCUACAUCAUUGCAUCUUGCGCUGCCUGGAGUAUCUUCUUUGCAGCUAGAGCUGAAGCAAACUGGGUUCCUUUUGUAGUGGGAACAUUAUCACUACUCCUAAUAACUGUGCUGGUUUUGAUCUUCAGCUAUACCAGGUAUUAUCAGCGUUUUUGCCUGCCAGUGUCUAUAUUUAUGUCUCUCCUGCUGGUGGCACUGACUCUGGCCAAAUUUCAGAACCCCCAGAAUGAAACGAAUAUGUCCGAUGUAGGAUCUUUCGCGGGGGUCAUUGAAAUCUUACUGAUGAUGUACACGGUGAUCCCAAUGCCCUUGUUUGUGUGUGUCAUCAUUGGAGUUUUGUUUUCCAUCUUGUACGAAGUUCUGCUCAAGAUUGUCACUGGUGACGAUGAGGAACUGGAUUCAGCUGCGCUGAUUGUUGGGAAAGUUCUGCUUCAUUUUUGUAUCCACAUCAUUGGACUUCACAUCUUUAUCAUGUCUCAGGUGAGAAAGCGAAGCACUUUUUGGAAAGUAGGCCAAUCCAUCAUGGCGAAGCGAGACCUCGAGAUUGAAAAGCAGUUGAAGGAAAAGAUGAUCAACUCCUUAAUGCCAGAGACAAUUGCCAAGGAGGUGGUGCAGUCGAGAGUGGAUGGUAACUCUGAUUUUCAGCGGAUAAUCUUUCGUCCAUUCACUAUGCACCAGAUGAAGUCUGUCAGCAUCCUCUUUGCGGACAUAGUGGGUUUUACCAAAAUGAGCUCCAACAAAACUGCUGAGAAACUGGUGUCUUUGCUGAAUAAUCUCUUUGGGCGCUUUGAUAAAAUCUGCUUCAAGACAGGAUGCGAGAAGAUUUGCACUCUUGGCGAUUGCUACUACUGUGUGUCCGGAUGCCCAACGCCGCGUCCUGACCAUGCGAAGUGCUGCAUAGAGAUGGGCUUGGGGAUGAUCAAAGCCAUAAAAGAAUUCGACGAGGAACACAACGAGGAAGUGAACAUGCGUGUUGGCGUGCACACAGGCAAAGUUUUGUGUGGAGUUGUUGGGACGAGCCGCUUCAAAUUUGACGUCAUGUCAAAUGACGUGGACCUGGCCAAUGUCAUGGAGUCGACAGGGGAGCCUGGCAGAGUUCAUAUCUCCGCUGAGACAUUGGAAUAUCUCAAGGACCUGUAUGAGGUGACAGAGGGCAAGGAAGAGAAAG